AUGGGAUUAUGGGACGUGGAAGACUAUGGCACCAUCGCUGAUAGGGCUUGCUGGUCUAUGUUCGCAGUCACAGCUUGCGAAGUCAGCUCUCGCAUAUUCAGCAAAGGCGGUGGCCUCGGAAUGGACGACUAUAUCACCGUAUUCUGCGUCGUUGUGAUGCUCGUCACCUGCAUCCUGAUCACAAUCGGCACCCAGUACGGUCUUGGACGAAGAAUGGAGGCCAUCGAUCCCCCAUUGAUACCGCGAGCUCUCAAGUGGAAUGUAAUCAUCAGUUCGGUACUGAUAUGGACGUUUUCGCUACCCAAGUUCGCCAUCAUCGCUACUCUCAAACGCAUUCUGAACUACGGCCUCAAGACGACGAUACUAUUCUGGGGCCUCGCGCUCAGCUCCCAGGCCUGUAUAUCGGCUACCUCGGUCUGGUGGUACAAGCAAUGCGAUCCGGUUGAAUUCGGCUGGAACAGAACCAUACCAGGCGGAAAAUGUGCCAGUACCAAGGUCAUGUCAGAUUUGGGCUAUUUCACUUCGGCCUACUCUGCCUUCCUAGAUGUAUUCUUCGCUGUGUACCCGAUUCCAUUCAUUAUGCGCCUCAACAUGCCACUCAAGAACCGCAUCCUGGUCUCGAUCGCGCUGGGCCUCAGUAUCCUGGCCUUCAUCCUCACCAUCUACAAACUCACAAUCUUUGGGGAAAUUUUUGUAGUACUGGCUGAGAACCCGACUUACCCGGUCCCGCUUCUCGAUAUACUCGGUCUAGGAGAGGGUUGUAUUCUCGUGGUAUGCUCCUCUUUGCCCACACUGGGCCCGCUCUUCCGCUUGGCCAGAGGCAAAGUUCGGACUCUCAGUGGCAGUGGCAAUGGCAGUAGGACCGCCAGCCAGGGACGACGCAGCAGCGCCACCCACCGAGGGCUAUCCAGCACCAGCGGAAGAUGGGAUAAACUUCAAGGGCAUCAGUUGGAUGACGAGGAGAGGACAUCGAGCCACGCAGGUAAAAGCAUCGAUGACAUUCCGCUCGUUUACCACGGCGCGGACCAGAUCCACAAGACACUUGAGUUUAAGGUGACCACGAGCGCAAAGGGUGACCGACGGGCGAAGCCAAUUGACGAUCGUGACACGUAG